AGUCUAGAGAGAGACAGGGAGAGUCAGAGUCAGAUACAGAGAGGACUCUCAUACAAGUCUAGUGGGAGAAGCAGGAAGAUAGGGGGAGGGUUUUGAAUUUUGAUUGGAUUAAUGGAGGAUGUGAGAAAAAUAGUGGUAGUAGUAGAAGACGUUGAUGCGGCAAGAACAGCGCUUCAAUGGGCUCUCCAUAACCUCCUUCGUCACGGAGAUUUGAUUACUCUGCUUCAUGUAUUCUCUCCUGCAAAAUCAAGAAGCAAGAAGAAAAUCAGGCUGCUUCGAUUGCAAGGCUACCAGUUGGCCCUCUCGUUCAAAGACAUAUGCCACAAUAACUUCUUCAAUACAAAUAUUGAGAUUAUUGUCGCCGAAGGAGACGCACAUGGAGGGAGGAUUGUGGCGCUGGUGCGGGAGAUUGAUGCGUCUAUGCUUGUUGUUGGUCUCCAUGAACACAGCUUUCUUUACAGGUUGGCUUUGACACAUGACAAUAUUGCAGACAGCUUCAGUUGCAAAGUAUUAGCAAUCAAGCCUCCCAUAACAUCUUCAUUGAGAAGCAGGAGCUGUAGUAGUGCAACAAUGCUAACAACACAAGGCAGUUCAACCAACAUGGACUUUUCAUUGAUUGAGAUUGCCAGAUUAGAGAUCCCUGAAAUUCCUCCACCAAAAAUCCCAUACAGAAUCUGCCCAAGUCCGUAUGCAAUAAUUUGGAGAUCAAAGAAGUCCAGGAGGAAAGGUAGAUCUUCAAUUUGAGGAGUCUCAAUGUUCAUCUCAGAGGCAUUGGUUUUGCUCACUGGGUUCACUUAAAUAACAACAAUUCUUUUCUUUUGGUGGGGUGGGGGUUUGGAUAGGACUUCAGAAUUGUUUCACACAACAGAGUAGCUGAUACAAAUGAAAUACUGGAAUUAACAUGGUACAACUGCCUUUCAAAAGAUCAGUUGUCUCAUUUUUCUUGUACACAGGGAUAGAUGAAAUAACAUUAUUGAUCUAUAACUUGUACUUCCAUGAAAUGUUUCAGUGUCAUGGGAGGAGAUGGUGAUUAAUCUUAA